AUGCCUGACAAAUCGCUGGGGCUGGACUCAGCCGCCAUCACAUAUUUGGGCGAACCUUUUGUGCUCACGCCUGUAGUAUCGGACAUUCUACGUACACGGUACUGCGUACCCGGGAGCAUCUUUCUUAUCGAGGGCAUUGAUCGGGUUUCUGUGUCGCGUUCAGGACGAUGGCAUGCUAUCCGAUUGAUUCUAGGUGAUGGAGAAUUAUGUAUCCAGGCACUUUUGGGAAGCGACAUGCAUCGCUUCGUUCAGAUGGGCGAUGUUGCGCUGGGGGCGUAUGUGAGGUGUGAAACGUUCCAUAUCCAGUGGCAAGACGUUGGGAAGGGGAAAAUGGUGACAUUGGUCGUGGACAAUAUGAUCACUAUUGGAUGGAACGAGUCGUAUCGUGCACUGCAGAAAGAAAAUGAGCUUCUGGUUCGGGAACGACCAAAGCGAAUUCCUCGGUCACGCGUAAAAUCAAAACCUGUUGAGCAUCCACCUGAGCCGCAAGACGAAGUUAAAGAAGAGAUUCCAGAGGAUCUUUUGGACGAGUCUUCUGAAGAACAUUCAACAGAGUCCCCCAAAGAACCUCCGCGCGAUACCGCAAGAUGGCCUCCCAAACCGUUUGUCGAGGAUGAGUUUGAUGACGACGAAGCAGCCGCUGAAGAAGCAUUCGAAGCAUUCGAGACACUUGCGUUCGUUCCAAAACCCAAAACACCACAGAAAUCUACAGCUCAAGCGCAACAAACAUCCACAUCUGCUCAACCCGGUGAACCUGUCGCGCUCCCUCGUGACUGGCACGAUCCCCAAACUCCCCUCAAAUUGACCACCCUGCGCUCGAUUCCCCAUCUCCCCUACAAACAGAACUGGUCCUGCAACGUGCUCGCCAUUAUCGCCUCCAUAUCAGAUGUCGGUCCAGCCAACUUGCCACCUUACAAACAGCGAACAGCACGGCUUGCCGACCCGUCUACGUCCAAGCAUGUACAUCUCACGGUGUUUCUUGACCCGGAGAAGUUCAACCCUCGUGUGGGAAGCGCGGUACUGCUUGUGGGUGUCAAGAACCAUAGGUUCGAUGGGGGUAGUUUGAAGAAGUACGAAAGUGAUCGUCAGUAUGGACGGUGGUGGUUUGAUAAUCCGGUCGAGAUGGGUUGGUGUGAUGUAGAGGGGAUCAAGACUUGGUGGUCACAGGGCGCGGAAAGCAUAGAAGCACAAAGUUGA